AUGAAGCAAUGGACAAAUGAAGAUAUGAUAAAAGCUAUUACAAACGUCAAUAACCAAAGUAUGAGUAUAAAACAUGCUAGUAAAAGCUUUAAAGUACCAAGGUCCACACUCCAAAGAUUUUUAAAAAAUCAAAAAGCAAAUAAUGUGAAUCCUGAAGAUGUAGUUCUUACCAAAUUAGGAAGCAAACCAGUGCUAGGAAUAGACAUUGAGCGUGAAUCAACAAUGCCAUGUACUAAACCAAAGGUUUUAUCAAGAAAUGUAAUGAGGCAAUGGACAAAUGAAGAUAUGAUAAAAGCUAUUACAAACGUCAAUAACCAAAGUAUGAGUAUAAAACAUGCUAGUAAAAGCUUUAAAGUACCAAGGUCCACACUCCAAAGAUUUUUAAAAAAUCAAAAAGCAAAUAAUGUGAAUCCUGAAGAUGUAGUUCUUACCAAAUUAGGAAGGAAACCAGUGCUAGGAAUAGACAUUGAGCGUGAAUCAACAAUGCCAUGUACUAAACCAAAGGUUUUAUCAAGAAAUGUAAUGAAGCAAUGGACAAAUGAAGACAUGAUAAAAGCUAUUACAAACGUCAAUAACCAAAGUAUGAGUAUAAAACAUGCUAGUAAAAGCUUUAAAGUACCAAGGUCCAUACUCCAAAGAUUUUUAAAAAAUCAAAAAGCAAAUAAUGUGAAUCCUGAAGAUGUAGUUCUUACCAAAUUAGGAAGGAAACCAGUGCUAGGAAUAGACAUUGAGCAAGAAUUAGAAGCAAAAAAUGAAGAAUUCCUACCGGCUGAUAAAGAUUUGGACACUGAUGAGAUAGGACAAUUUACUCCUGAUGACAAUGAUGCUACUUGCAUAUUUUGUGACCAUCGUUUUUCGGAAGACAAUACGGGAGAACUAUGGGUUAGGUGUAUUAUGUGUAGACUUUGGGCUCAUGAGCAAUGUUCUGGAGCCGAAAAAGAUGACUAUGUCUGCGACUUUUGCCGUUAA